AGGCUUGUCACACAUCUGGCAAGCGCAAGCAGUGCAAAGCCAAAAGCAAGGGACAGUCAACUAAAAUCUCUACCAUGGUGAACAGGAGGCGAAAUGGAUCUCGUGCUAAUGGUCGUGCUGGUCGAGGAGGGGUUCAAGCACAGCAACAGCAGCAAUGCAAGCGGUCACCUAUUAAGGCUCUUAGAGAACCAGCCAUCUUUUCUAAACAAUCAGGCAGCGCCUCGGACACCCCACAUGACAAAGUGACUUUAGCCCAGGCUCGCCGUGGCACUCCAGCUCACCGGCCCGUACGAGUGUAUGCCGAUGGAAUCUUUGACCUCUUCCAUUCAGGUCAUGCCCGGGCUCUGAUGCAGGCCAAGAAUUUGUUCCCGAACACACAUCUGAUUGUUGGCGUAUGCAGUGAUGCCCUGACGCACAAGUAUAAAGGCUACACAGUGAUGACAGAGGAUGAACGUUAUGAAGCCCUUAUACACUGUCGUUAUGUGGACGAGGUGGUCCGUGAUGCUCCCUGGACCCUCACUCCUGAAUUCCUUAAAAAACACAGGAUUGACUUUGUGGCACAUGAUGAUAUCCCAUACACCUCUGCUGGAUCAGAAGAUGUCUAUAAACAUAUCAAAGAAGCAGGAAUGUUUGUGGCUACUCAAAGAACGGAGGGGAUUUCUACCUCUGAUCUCAUCACGCGUAUUGUUCGAGACUAUGACGUCUACGUCAGACGUAACCUGCAGAGAGGAUACACAGCACGGGAACUCAAUGUUGGCUUCAUCAAUGAGAAGAAGUAUCGCCUGCAAGAGCAGGUGGACAGAAUGAAGGAGACGGUGAGGACGGUGGAGGAGAAGUCCAAACAUUUAGUGCACCGUGUUGAAGAGAAGAGCCACGAUCUCAUCUACAAAUGGGAAGAGAAAUCUCGCGAGUUCAUCAGAAACUUCCUGGAGUUGUUUGGUCCUGAUAAAGCCUGGCACAUGAUCCAGGAGCGGAGUGGCCGUGUUCUCCAGGCUCUGUCUCCCUAUCAGUCACCAAGUACGUCGCCCAGCUCCAGUCCCACCAGAGGUCGCUCUACAUCACCUGUCUCCCAAUGGCCCCUGCUCCGCUUCCGUUCACCACCACCUAAAGGAGCCUCUGUCAGCAGCAGUGAGGGUGACGAGGGGGAAAACUAGGUGGAGACUGGCUUCUCUUUCCAACUGCACAUUUGCACAGGCACCUUCUCAUUUUGUUUUCUGUAUUUUAUGCACCAAAAUGCUUGAUCUACAAAUGCAAGGUGCUCAAAGAUCCAGACUGGCUUCAUAAUUCUGUAGAAGAAAAAUGUAAAAAGCAUUGACUUUUAUUAUAGAACUGAACACUUCAUAACUUGUCUUUCAAGUUAAAGGGCUGUACACACACACACACACACACACACACACACAUAUAUAUAUAAAUAACUAUAAUGAUAACUAUGUAAAGCUUCCACACCAACACACAAUAACAUUAUGUUUACUAUAUGCACACACGCUAUGCCACUUUAAAUUCUAAAGCUUGAUUCUGAUUGGCUGCCAGUGUUUUAUUGUUCAUCAGCUGGGAAAAAAAGUCAUUUUGAAAGUGAUUUUAACAAUAUUGUUUUUCUGUGUUGUUAUUGUUAUAUCUGUGAUGUGGACUACCCUAUUCUCAUAUGACUAGAACGAUUACUAAAACUUCAUAGUUAUCGUUUUCGUCCUUGGUAUGAACAAAUACAUAAAAACAUAUUUGUGAGUAUUUUAUAAAACACUGUUUUUCUGAAUGAAAUGAAGGGUGUACCACUGACCUAAUGUAUGAGUGUUUUAAUAAACUGAUCAGGUUAAAUACAACAUAAGCUGAGAAGCAUAUUGCGAAAUAUGGCAUUACACAAUCAAGGAACACAUAAAAUACUAAUUACAUAUUUAAUAUUAUGCUAAUAUUAUUUGUUGACCGUUUCCAGACUGAUCGAUGGAUACUGACAAUGACAUGUACAGUAAAAAUACAGAAAUAUUUUAAAACUAGAACAAAAAGACUAUCAUAAAUGCCUAUAUUGAGAGGUGUGCAUAAAACAUUGUUCUAAAUACACACAUGCACGACUUAUUACCCCAGUCAUGAGUCAUACAUCACUCCAUUGUGCUUAAAAUGGAUCCAAAGCUCACCUUAAAGUGCUACCAGUGAUUGGGUAUUAUGUUUCUAUCCUCUAAAUUCUAUCCUCAGUAGAAUUUAGCAAUGCACUGAAACGAAAAUAUUUGAAAUGCAUUCUGAAAUUCACAAUACACUGGGCAAAAACUGAAACUAAACAAUUUAAUCAACUAAUUAUUGAUUCAAUUAUUUGCCAG